UGCUCCAGUGGAGGCCCAUUCUGAAGACAAUCUGCGGGAUGAUAAUGGUGGUCUUCUCUGUGCAGGCACCAGCACAAACAUAUGUUAACUGUCUUCACAGUUUGAACACUGUAAUUGACAAAAGUAGUGAGUACUUGAAGCAGGCAGGAACAGAGAAAGAAAGAUAAAAAUCUUUAAGGAGGAUGAUUGUGGACAAAUAUCAGGGUUUGUCAUACUUUGUACAUGUUGAAACAUACAGUGCAUGAUGGACAAAGGCUACAACUUCACAGUUAGAUUUUAAACUUUAACUAAGCUGCAUUGUUUUAUCUGAGAAGAAACACACCGGCAAGUACAGCGUCUAGUCUGGUUCAUUAAAUUUUCUAUACCAUAACGCCCCACCCACUCCAUAACUUCCACUCCACAACAAUAAACAGCAAGCCAGACUUCGAGUGGCUGUGCUAAUGAUAAGGCAUGACACAGUAAGGGAAAACAAGGUUGUUAAAAAACAGAUGUCUGUACCGGUUCACAGAUGGGAUUGAUAUUGACAUGUCUGGAGGUGAUAUGUUGUCGGUUCUACAUAUAAGUGGAAAAAUGUAUGUGCUCUAAUGAGACUGGUUGGCUGGGGCUGGGGCUACGUUGAGAGGGGGGAUAUGUACUCUAUACAUAUCCACCAACACAUUCCACUCAGUUUGAGAAAGACACAGGCGACAUGAGCAAGGAGGAGGCAUCGUCUCUGAUCAACCAGCCGGUUUUCCAUCAGUGAUCAUGCGAAAAGUGUUGCUCCUCCUCAUAAUGGGACUAGUGGAUCUGAGCAUCGGUCAGCAUCAGAGCCAGUUCCAGUGGCUAUCCCAUCUGCGAGGGCGGCGAAGGCAUGCUAGCUGGCGGGCCAAUGACAUGGACUGCCCCCUGGAGUGCGACUGCCCCUCAACCUACCCCAAAGCUAUGUACUGUCACAGCCGCAACCUUCAGCACGUUCCCUACGUCCCCUCACAUAUUAAGUAUGUCUACCUGCAGUGUAACCAGAUCACAGGCAUUCAGGAUGGGGUGUUUGACAACGCCACUAACUUGGUCUGGGUUGUACUGUUUCACAACCAGCUCAAUUCAGACAAGAUCGGCAAGAACGUCUUCAGCAAGCUCAAGAACCUGGACCGGCUCUUCUUGGAUCACAAUGAGCUCAUACGUGUGCCUCCCAACUUGCCCAAGUCUAUCACGGACCUGCGACUCGGUCACAACAAGAUCUCAAAAAUCCUCUCCAGCUCAUUCGAGGGGAUGGCCAACCUCACCACCCUUCAGCUCCAAGCAAAUGUCAUAGAGGACGCUGGAGGUGUGUUCAAGGGACUGAAGUCUCUGACCAUGCUGGAUAUGAGAAAAAACAGGCUGAGGAAAAUCCCUGACAACCUCCCUGAGAGGCUACAGCAGCUCUACCUGGAGUUUAAUGACAUAGAGAGCGUGCCGGCGGGCUUUCUCACCAUGUAUCCCAAACUGCAGUUUGUCCGGUUGGCUCAUAAUAAGCUGACAGAUAAAGGACUUCCAUCCAAUGUCUUCAAUAUGAGCACGCUGGUUGAGCUUGACCUUUCUUUUAAUAAACUGGAGAAGAUCCCUUUUGUCAGUAGGAACCUGGAGUACCUUUAUUUACAAGCCAAUAAGAUCAAAGAGCUCUCCCUGAGCAGUUUCUGCAGUAAAAUCGACAUGACAAACUUCUCCAAGCUGAGAAUGCUGCGUUUGGAUGCCAAUGAGAUCAGUGCCAAAGACAUUCCUGCUGAAGCGGCCUACUGUUUGCGGCAUGUUGCCUUUAUUGAUGUGUAGCGCUUCCUGAUCAACUCAUCCAGGGUGUUUCUCCAUCUUUAACACCCCAACCUAACCUUUUGUCACAUGUCACUAUAUUUACCUUAUAUUGUUCACAGUCCAGUCUAUAUUUGAGAUAAUGUAUUAUUAAACUGUUAUGAGAGGUACUAUUAUUCCAAAUGAUUAAACAGUUCCAGUUUAAGUCAACGGGAAAUACCACAGUUGUAUAAUCAUGUAUCCAGAUGACAGGCAUACGGAUAACAGAGGCCAGAUGACUGACAACCUUUCAACAAUCUAAUUAGAUUAUCAGUUCCAGUUUUCUGGCAAAAUAAGUAUAAAUACACUGUAGCUGAUGACAACAAGUUCAUCUUGUGUCAUGUCUGGCAAAGUAUAAAUUGUAUAAAACUGCCAAUCAUCAGUAUGAGAUUCAGUUUGGAUCUUUGCCUCCACCAUGUGGCACAAGGUGAUAAAACAGCAGGUAGAGCAGCAAUGAUUCUCAGUUGUUAUUUGGCAAGGUUACUUGCAUAUUAUCAGUGAUGCACAUUCAAUAAUACAUUUAGUGUGAUUGUGCUGGCUAUUACAUCUAUAGAAUACUUUUACUUUAAAGACUGUUCAUAAUUUUUCCAUCCACAUUCAACAUUUAAAGCUAUGUGAUCAAGUGUUUGUGACUAUAACGGAUGAAAAACAUGUAUUCCUCCUCAAAUGAGCCUCUGAAUUAUCCAAAGAUAGUCAUAUAUCAGUUUCAAGGCUGUUAUAACUGUAUCUAAUAACUGUUAUACAUUUUUUAACUUUUUCCAGUAACUGUAUUUUGGUAACUUAAACGCACUCACUUUUUAAAAGACUUUUUGGGGUGUAAUUUCUGACCCAAUGUGUAUUGUUCUGUAUGUCUUAGACGAACAUGUGCUUGACAGACAGUCAGCUAAUGUCAGGAUUUACAACAUGAGAAUUUACACUAUUCAGUUUGUAUCAUUUACCCGGAAAGCUAUGAAUUAUACAUUUUUGUGUAAAGUGAAUCUUGUAUCUAGGAAUCCUCCAUUCUAUGCCUAUUAUUACAUCUGAAGGGGGAAAAAAUCAGUUUCCAGAGUUAUAUGUCCCCCUACAGUAACUGUUGACACUGAUAUAUUUUUAGCAACAACAACAUGUUCUGUUUCCUCUAAUAUGAAGGUAAAAGAGACGGAGAGGUUGGGAGAGAGAAAAUGGGCGACAGCCCUCUUGACAUUUCUAACUGGUCUGAAGCAGUUCCCACAUAUUUAUUGUUGAAGACAACUUGCCUUUUCAUCUUCCACAGCUGCCUUUAAUCCUCUGCAGAAAGGCACUAAAUUGAAUUAUAGAAAUACUUUCCUUGUUUUGUAAUGGAGCAAUGUCUUGGGAUGAAGAAUGGAUUACUGCCAGUUCAACAGUGGUUUGCACACUGAUAAGCAGUAGCCUGUGAAAUUAAGUGUGUUAUAGAUGAUGUUAUAUUGCAGGCUGCAUGUGAAUCUGCAGAGACUGUGGGGUAGGGCUGUGUUUUUUUUCCCUCCUCCACUUCCUACAGAGACUCUUCAAAAACAAAAUAGAGGCCAGUACAUAUGCACACAUGUGGGAAUCAGGAUUUACUGAUGUGAUCCUCUCCGAGACACAAAAUGUUUCACUUUGUGGGGAAUUGUCCAAUUCUUCUCGAACUCAGACAUUAUGCAAUGUAUUAUUCUAAAACAUUAGGCUGGACCAUCACUCAGUAAACAUGAGUGAAAGUUAUGACAACGAAUUACGAAAUGCACAUGCACUUCCCUCUCUCUCAGUGUUAUCCUGUUAUUUGCCACUGCCACACAGUAAUUAUUAAAUGUCAUGCAUGCAUAUGAGUAAACUGUAGUAGCACGUUAUUCCUACCAAAUCCUGUCACGCCCUGUGCAGUGAAUACAUUUCUUGUGAGCUGCAGUAGUGACUGGUGUGUAUCUAUCUGGAUCGUUGCUCCCUCUGCCAGUAACAACAGCUCAGUGUGUUUGACCAAUAACAGAAUAUUCUCCAGAGUUCAUGUUGAAACUAUUCAUACUGUUAUGCAAUAAAACUGGAUAUACACA